AUGGACGGAGGGACCAGAAUGAGUGUUAUGGAGCUGUGUGAGAUUGAUGACCUGGCCACGGGUUUGGUGCUGGACCCUCUGCUGGGUUUCAGGACCCAUAAAAUGAACAUCACUCCUUCACCAGAGAUACAGUGUUGUGGUAUUCUCAAAGAGACCCUGCUGAGCUUUCAGCAUACACAUGAUUUCAGCGCAACAUUCGAUGCACUGCUGAUGAUAGUGGGCAAACUGGCUGGUGACUAUUUUAAUUCUCUGGGAAGCCGUCAUCAGGAACUACUGAGGCAACAUGUGUAUUGCUACUUCAGGGCCUUCCUGUUGGACAGUGGUGUCAAGAUAGAGUCCAGUGACAGAUACUCUUCUGAGACCAAUGGAGCAAAGAUAACCUCAACAAGGCACUGUUUUCUAGGACAGCGUGCUGAGGUCCUGCUGGGCUGCAUAGCAGAGUUUAGUCCCGCUGAUAGUGCUGUGCUGCAGGCUGGAGUCAAUGACUUCAGCGUGAUGUAUUCCUUAUGCAAACACUGCGAUCAGCUCUGGCUUGGGCCUGCAAGUUUUGUUAACCAUGACUGCAAUCCAAACGGCAAGUACGUCGCUUGCAGGUUCUUUGCUUAUGUUGAAGUCAUUAGACCCAUCUCACCUGGCGAGGAGAUCACAUGUUACUAUGGUGCCAACUUUUUUGGGGAGGGAAAUGAAAUGUGUGAGUGCUGCACCUGUGAGAGGAAUGGAAAGGCCACUUCCUUCCACCCCUGUUCCUGGGUCCCACAACUCCUCCUCCACUGA